AACUGAUUUAAUUUUCUGCCACAGAUUAUUCCAGUAAGAAAUGGAAUCUAGUUUAUCAGACUACCAUAAUAAAGACAAUGAAGAAGAAAGUUUGCUUGCAAAUGUUGCUUCCUUAAGACAUGAACUGAAGAUAACAGAAUGGAAUUUGCAGAAUUUAGGGGAAGAGUUAUCCAGUGUUAGUCCAAGUGAAAAUUCCGAUUAUACUUCUAAUCCUUCAAGGUCUGAAAGGCUCAUUUUGGGAGAUCUUGUUCAUCCUAGCCACCCUGGAGUUUUGAAUUGCUCACCUUACAAAAAAGUUUGUAAAAUGUCUGGUAGCAGUACUGAUUUUCAAAAAAAGCCAAGAGAUAAGAUGUCUUUUUCAUCUUCUACGCCUGUGGAUCAGGAGAUUAAAAACCUUCGAGAGAAACUUAAUAAACUUAGGCAACAGAAUGCUUGUUUGAUCACACAGAAUCAUUCUUUAAUGACUAAAAUAGAAUCUAUCCACUUUGAAUUAACCCAGUCAAGAGCAAAAGUUUCUAUGCUUGAGUCUGCUCAACAGCAAGCAGCCAAUGUCCCAGUCUUAGAAGAACAGAUUAUAAAUUUGGAAGCAGAAGUUUCAGCCCAAGAUAAAGUUUUGAGAGAGGCAGAAGAUAAAUUAGAGCAGAGUCAGAAAAUGGUGAUUGAAAAGGAGAAGAGUUUGCAGGAGUCCAAGGAGGAAUGUAUAAAGUUGAAGGUGGACUUACUUGAACAAAGUAAACAAGGAAAAAGAGCUGAACGUCAAAGGAAUGAAGCACUAUAUAAUGCUGAAGAGCUAAGUAAAGCUUUCCAACAAUAUAAAGAAAAAGUAGCUGAAAAACUGGAAAAGGUUCAAGCUGAAGAAGAAAUAUUAGAGAAAAAUCUAAUUAACUGUGAAAAAGAAAAUAAAAGACUACAAGAAAAGUGCGGUCUAUAUAAAAGUGAAUUUGAAAUUCUGAAAGAGAAAUUAAGGUACAGUAUCUGGUGCAGAAAAAGGAAUUUUGUAGCUGAACGUCAAAGGAAUGAAGCACUAUAUAAUGCUGAAGAGCUAAGUAAAGCUUUCCAACAAUAUAAAGAAAAAGUAGCUGAAAAACUGGAAAAG